AUGCACAAUAAGCAGUACCCGAAGCUAGUGCCCAAAAUGAGCGUUCCCGACUUCGAACGCUCUCUGUGCAAAGAAGGGAUCCAAGUCACUGCUGAUCCGAUCGCUCCACUGACCGUCCUUAGAGAGACACAACAGCUAAGAGAGCGUGUUGGACAAAAACCGAUCACUCGACUUGGUUAUUCAAUCAGCGAGCGCCGAAAUGUGCUGAAGAAUAUGCAAUUAUCCAUAACCGGUCCGGGGGCGAUUUUCGGUGAGAUGGAGUACGGCUUAGGUUUAACGACCUAUUCAACUUCAAUAAUUUGCUUGGAGGCCUGCGAUUUCUUUGUCCUGAGUGCCACCAAUUUUGAACGUCUCAUUCAGAGUCGUAGAAACACGAACGCGUUAAAAUUGUUGAAAACUCGGGCAGAACAUUCAAUUAUGCAAAGGCUGACGCGGACAUUGGAUCGCCGGGUUCCAUUGUUCCAAUACUUCUUCGAACAGAUUUAUGACCGAAAAGUUAAGGAAGAAAAUGAACAACGUGAACGUGUCAUGGAUCGGUUGGCGGACAAGAAUAAAAAUCAGACAACAAUGGAUUUCAUACCGAAACGCGGUCCGAUCAUUGAUGAAUACGGACCGGGGACAGUGUUCUACCGGAAUAAGGAACGUCGUGAAGCCGCCAAUCGCAAACUACAAAUGCAACGCGGCUCUUCACGAACCGUACUUCCAGGGAAGAUUGUUCACGUUCAUCCAACUAGACGGCGCACUGCACCCGAGAUGCACACCUGUUCCCCUUGUCCGGAUCGCAAAGGACCUGAUACAGCCAGAACGGUACGGUUUAGCAUUGUCAACAACGUCUCAGAUGACGUGAUCCAGUUCAGUCGUACACCUGUGGACGGUUUAACGCAUAUACCAGGUGUGGUUGAGGACAGUCGCGCCUCCACUGCUCUAGGUUCAGAACUGAUCCAGUCGGAUGUGGACGAUCCAGACGGAGGAGAAGAGCCAGGAGAGAAGAACGAUGAAGAUGAUGAUGCAGAUGUAACCAAACAAUUAACAUUAGAGAUAAACGCUCUGUUCCAGGCGAUUCGUCCCAUCAGUUGUCGUACAGGAUAUGAAAACCAAUUGAGGUAUGGAUAUGAUUGGAUAAAUGUUUGUGAAGGAACAAAAGAUAACCGAUUUGGGCUCAUGGAUACCUAG